AUGCCCGAAGGGAACAGCAAAGAGACAACGAAACACGAGGAGGGUGGAUCAUGUCUGCCAAGGUCUUCACCCAUAGUUAAAGCUUGGGAAUUUGUUAAUAACUAUCUGUUAGCAAUUGGAAUCAUUUUGAUAGUGAUAAUCGGUUCCCAGUGGCCGGAAUCAGGGAUAAUUCUCACAAGAACAUACUUUUCCUACGUAAGCCUCGCUCUUUGCUUCUUUUUAUGUGGCCUACGCACGAAACUGGAUGAACUUCAAGUAGCAGUUAAGUCUUACAAAGCAAUCGCAUGGGGAAUCUUGACUAUUCUUCUUGUAGUGCCAGUUGCGGGAACUCAAAUCACAAAGACGAUUCAGUUUGCAACUAGGGUCGACGAGAAUUUGAACACUUCAGAAUCAGCAGUUGUUGGAAAUGUGACUGCUAUUGGUCCUACCGAAUUUGCGUUCGCACUUCAGGUGUUUUUUGUCGUCCCGUCAAGCUUGUCUGCUGCUGCUAUCUUGGUAAGACAUGUUCCCUCGAAGGUGGGUUAACUGAUAGCAAAAUGUUAAAACCUGAAAACGAUAAUUGCUGGGGAAAAUACCUUAUUUCCCCGAAUAAGCGCCCUGUGGCUCUUAUCUAAAAUUUGGGCUAAAAGGAUGCACGGGCGCUUAAUUAUUGGAAGGAAGGCGCUUAAUCGAAGGGGCGCUUAUUAAAUUCUCCUGUUUGUAAACAAACGUAACUUGAUCCCAUUUUGGAGUUUACACACAGAGUUAUCAAUAAAGCGGCAAUAGAAACAGGUUGUCCUUGUGUCCCUCCCUUUAAAGAAAGUGAUCGGGGAGGGGAGGGGGGCGCAAAUUCGAGGGGUAGCCUGAAUUCCAGACAAUUAGUUCGAGUCGUUUUUACUCCCUUAGUUAACAGGGAAUGAAAAUAACUCGAAGUCAGUAAUCGUCUGAAAUUAAGGCUAAUUCAAGGGGGCCGCUUGUUUGAUAUUUUGGCCCAGGGGUGGACGCUUAUAGUUACUGAUUAAGGAUGUCUGCGUAUCUUUGGUUUUGGUGAUAACUUUGCCUUUCUUUCUAGCAACUCAAAAGCACCAGCUUCCUCAGACUGUUCCUCGGGGACGCGAGGGGACGAAAGGCAAUUGCACAUGAAUUUUCGACAAACUGGUCGACACACCCUUUACAACUGAUUAGUAGCAUUUCUAUUAUAGCUAGGGCCGGAGACAAGACUUAUGGAUGUAAAUUUUAGUCUAACAUAACAGCACCUUACCAAGAGUGUCUCAACUUCGAUCUGAACUAAAUCACGUGUAGAACCUGUUUGCCAAACUGUCAUAUACAUAUUUUUUCUUUUCAGUCGUUAUUAGCCGGCGGCAGUUUCCCUCUCGCGAUGUUGCUGAUGGCCGUAACAAAUGUUGUGUCCGUGUUUACCGUGCCGCCGAUGUUGGUUUGGUUGACAGACCUCAACAGUGGUGUGAAUUUAUCAAGAUUCGGCACUCUUAUGCUCGUGUUUUGCCUCGUAACUCUAUUCCCAACAAUCGUAAGUAGCACUGAGAACUUGCCGUGUUCCUUUUCUCGAACUUACCCACAUUGCACUUCGUCACCCUGGCUCCUGGUUUGCUCAGUUGAGCGAAAAGAGUUCAUUGAAACUUGGACUUUCUAGUCUUUUUCUUUGUUUUUCUCUUUUUGGACUUUAUUUCCACAUACCUUUCUAAGUAGACGUGAGUGGAUAGCACAGUUAUUUCAAAAGCAAUAGUGGUGCUAAGGUCGCGUGGGACUCCUUAGGUUCAUUGUUUUGCAUUUAUCUAAAGCGUGUGCACGAAGUACAGCGACUGAUAUCGACAGGUUUAGGGAUAUUCAUAACUGGAUAAAAGAUGAGCGCAUGAUUUAAAUUAAACUGUUCAAGUACAUGUGUUGCACGCAGCCUGCAAACAAAAUGUUCAUUCAAAAGUAACAAAUGGGCUCUGAAUCAAGCCCUGUUUCAGUGAUUUUUGAUAAUAUGGAAAUGAAAAUAAGGAACUCUUGAUUUCAACCAAAUGCCAAAACUCUUUGUACUUUUUUUUUUCGCCCCAAAAAUCCUUGAAAACAUUACAGCUAAAAAACAAAAUUGAAGCGUGGAAUGUAAUUAACCAUAAUUACUUAUCUUGCUUGGUCGUGCUUUGGUCGGGACAACAGGUGUCGCCCGCAGCCUUGAAGGCGUAUGGAUUUGUGUCUCCACUGAAGGAUUAACGGUUGGUGAAUUAAAGACAAUCCCUCGACAUAUAAUAGUUUUUUAAAUGCUUUUUAGGGGUUAAACAAUCUUUCAUUUAAACAAUAUUUUGAGUAAAAAAGGUGUCGUCCUUUUUUGUCUAAGAAAGCCUGCGUAGAGGAUUUUAUCUUAGAGGGAUACGCGUUUCUGUUACUUAAGACCGGUACUGAAUUGUUUUUUUGCAUGCAAUGCGUGCCUAUUUGUUUCAGAUCGGCAGCUUGCUAAGAAUUGUGCCGAGCGUUCGCGAAAAAGUGGAAUCAUAUAACACAGGCGUUCAAUACACCAUAAUAACCCUGUUCGUUCUCUCUACGUGGUCUGAAGUGAGCAUGGCACAAGUCGAGGAAGAGUUUAAUAACAUUGUUUCCAUGAACAUAUUUAUCGUGGUGGGUUACUCUUCAAUAAUGCACAUCAUGUUUCUACUUUUACACUGGAUCGCAAGUGGAUUCCUCGAACUCAGUUUACCAGCGAAGAAGACCAUAGUGAUUACUGGAAGCCAUAAGGCAAUGUCUUUUGCCCUCAAGGUUAUCAAGUUUCUCUCCACUGAUGUUGGCUCCAAAAGACUCAUGUCAAUCGUUUGUAUUAUAGCGUACUUGACGCUGCUGGUUCUGGACUCGGUCAUUGUGUGCAAGUGGGCCACGAUCACGGAAGAUGAUGAAAAGGACGAAAAAACAUCAAACAAAGAUGGAAGAUAUGGAACGAUACCGCAACAAGAUGACUAA